AGGACUAAUGGGGAUUGUUUCACUCUACAUUGUCCUUCACUUCUGGCUCGGCACUGUCGGAGGGACGUGUUCUCAAUUUAACGCUGCCUCCUGCGACGAGUGUCUGCAGCUGGGCCCACAGUGCGCCUGGUGCACACUACAGAAUUUCACUGACUUCUUCUCAAUCGACGAGAGAUGCGACACACCCGAGGCUCUUCUUCAGAAGGGAUGUUCUGGGAAUUCGUAGAGUUCCCCGUCAUGAACGUCAAAGUGCUGAAGGACCAAGGCUUAGGAAAGAGAGCCGGCCACACUAACGUUUCGUAUAUCGCACCGCAGAAGAUGCGCCUCCAGCUUAGACCAGGAAGUCAGCUGACUUUUCAGAUUCAAGUGCAGCAACCGGAGGACCAUCCGGUGGACAUUUAUUACCUGAUGGACCUGUCAGCGUCGAUGUAUGAUGAUCUGCAAAUGAUCAAAGACUUGGGCUCGACGCUCUCAAAAGAGAUGGCUAAGCUUACCAGCAAAUUCAGGCUAGGAUUCGGUUCCUUUGUGGAGAAACCAGUUCUGCCUUUCAUCAAGAUAACACGCGAAGAGUUGGCCAAUCCCUGCAGGAGUGUUGAUUUUGAAUGUCUCCCCACAUUCGGAUACCGACACCUUCUGUCAUUAACGAGCAAUACUGACAAGUUCAAUGAGAUCAUCUCGAAGCAGCAGGUAUCGGCGAACAUCGACCUGCCCGAGUGCGGUUUUGACGCCAUCAUGCAGGCGGCUGUGUGCGGGGACAGGAUUGGCUGGCGAAACGAUUCCAUGAAGCUGUUGGUGUUCGUGAGCGACGCCGAUUCUCAUUUUGGGAUGGAUAGUAAAAUGUCCGGCAUUGUUGUCCCCAAUGAUGGAGAGUGUCACCUGGAUGGCAAUAAUGAGUAUUCCAUGACUGCCCAUCUGGAGUACCCAACAUUAGGACAGCUUGUGGACAAACUGGUUGAAAACAAUAUCCUCCUUAUAUUCGCUGUGACUGACAAUCUGAGACAGAACUAUGAGAAUUAUGCAAGUCUGAUUCCUGGUGCUACUGUGGGGGUGUUGGCAUCCGAUUCAGGGAACAUUCUGGAACUCAUCAUGACCUCAUAUAAGGAGCUGAGGUCAGAGAUCGAUCUGGAAGUGCUGGGCAACACUGAAGAUCUGCAGCUUUCCUUCACAGCGCUCUGUCAGGACGGGACCAUCACCAACGGACAUAAAAACUGCUCCAAUGUCAAAGCUGGUGACGUGGUUUCUUUUAACGUUACGAUCGAGUUAAAAGGCUGUCUUGCCGGUCCCCAGCGGUUUUCCUUGCGGCCGGUGGGUUUCCAAGAUGCCCUGGAGAUUGAACUGGAGUCUCAGUGUGUGUGUGACUGUCAUCAAAGCCCCGAAGCGAACAGCACCUUCUGCAGUCUAGGGCACGGGGUUCUGGAGUGUGGCGCCUGUGUGUGCAAUCCAGGCUUCGUGGGGCCAAAAUGUGAAUGCACAGAGGGCCAAGAAGAAAUCAGCGACUGCAGGACACAUGAAGGUGCGGAGAUGUGCAGCGGCCUGGGCGAGUGUUUCUGUGGACAGUGUGUGUGCCACCCGUCCAGUUUCGGACGCGUGUACGGGCCUUACUGCGAGUGCGACGACUUCUCCUGCCUCAGAUUCAGAGGAGAGCUUUGUGGAGGUCACGGGGAGUGUGACUGUGGCGAGUGUGUGUGUGACAGCGGCUGGAUGGGAGAGUUCUGUAACUGCAGCACCAGCAACAGCUCGUGUGUGUCUCCGGACGGUUCCAUCUGCAGCGGACGGGGCAAUUGUGUGUGUGGAAAGUGUGAGUGCACCGUCCCCGGUGCCUCAGGAGAGUGGUGCCAAAGGUGCCCAACCUGUGAAGACAUCUGUAGCUUACCCAGGUCUUGUGUGGAGUGUUACCUCAAAGCUAAGGACCCGUUGAACGAGUGUGCCGUAAAGUGCAGCUCCCUACAUGCCACGGUCAGCAAUUCUACAGAUUUUGAGGAGAGUCGUGCAGCAUUGUGCACCUUACAGAAUGAGGACUACUGUCUACUGUCAUUCAUCUUGGUGGACAGUGAUCACGGCAGCAUCAUUUACAACCCCAAGCUUUACGACUGCCCUGAGCCUCCAAACGCACUGCUGAUCGCUCUAGGCGUGUGCAUGUCUGUCCUCAUCAUUGGCAUUACUCUCCUCGUGAUCUGGAAGUUUCUUGUUUCUGUCCAUGACCGGAAAGAGGUUGCCAAGUUUGAGGCAGAGAAGGCGAAAGCAAAAUGGCAGUCGGGCACAAAUCCUCUUUUUAGGAGCUCGACAUCAACAUUUAAAAAUGUGACCUACAAAAGCGCAGGGCUGCGGAAAAGUGAUAUUUCUUAGGGCUACUGACCAAAUUUGUUUGUUAAAACACAAAAUGCAGGCUUCUAUUUACCAGGAGCGAUUACUUUUUAAAAAAAUGUUUUAUUUUCUUGUACUGUACAAGUGAGUGUGUGUGUGUGUGUGUGUGUGUGUGUGUGUGUGUGUGUGUGUGUGUGUGUAACUGUGUGCCUGUAAGCUGGGGGCAGGACUGUCGGUUACUGGCAGGGAAUUUAUUUGAAAAACUGUAAAUAAUUUAAACAAUGUGUUGUGCUGCUAAAAGUGCUAAAGGUACUGUUAAAUCUGGGCAACACUGGAUCUUUUUGUUUUACAUUUAGCGGUUCUUGUGGUUGUUACAGCAAAAGUAGUAGUUUUUUUGUGACAUAUGUUUGUGAUUUGUUAGUUAAGGCUGAGCCUUUUGUAAUUAGAUAUGAUUAAUUAUGGUUUUGCUGGGUCAAAUGUAAAAAAAAAAAAAAAAAAAAGUCUGUU